AUGGCCACAACCACAAACUCAGUCAUCCCCAUCAAGCCAAAGUUGAAGGACCAAAAGAGUUACAGCCUUUGGGAUUUUAAGAUGGAGAGAGUACUGGAGGCACGUGGAAUUUGGAACGUCGUUGGUGGUGAUACCAUCACAACGCCAUCUACCGAUGACCCAGCCUUACCAUCGUGGAAGGAGAGAGAUGUGAAAGCAAGGGCACAGAUUGCUCUCUACAUUGAGGAUGCACUGGUAACUUCAAUCAUGAAGGCAAAGUCGGCGCACUCAAUGUGGGAGAUUCUCCGCAUGCUCUUUGCCAAGCAGAAUUCCCUCAAUCAGUCACUAGUCGAAUCACAGUUCUACUCAGUCUGCAUGUCCCCCAGCCAGGACGUGAAGCUCCACCUGGACCUACUACAGGACCUCUACAACAAAGCCGUUGCUGUCGGCUCCCCACUCGAGGACAAAAUCCUCAUUCACUGGAUUAUUACCUCCCUUACCUCUGAUUAUGACUCCCUCAUCAGUUCCAUCACCGACACGUCCAAGGUGACAUCCGAGCAAUUGAUUGCCCAUAUCAUGCUGGAAGACCAACACCGCUGA